UUGACAUCAUCUCUCCCCACUUGCUAAGUUGCUAUCUUUAAGGCGUGCCAAAUCUCCCUAACAGAUAAGGGGCGGGGAAGAUACAGUCGUCCUAAUAUCUGAAGAGAGAGCGCCUCGAGUCCAUGAGCCAUGACGGACAAGCUUCCACCAAACCUCCUCGCGCUCUUCGCGCCUCGUCCUCCCCUACGUUAUAUCCCACCUUCGGACCGCGCCCCAGAUGACAUCAAACCAAGCAAUAUCGGUGGAGUGGCCCAGUUCCUCGAUGAGCUACGUAAAUAUGAUGAAGAAGUCCCUUACAAUGCCACUGAGAGCUGGCUUCAGCGCAAGGCGAGGCUGAAAGAGGAGAAAAAAUUAAAUAUAGAAAGACAUCUUACUGAGGGUCUUAAAGAAUAUAAUCCUAAUAAUGACCCCCAAGUCCGGGGCGAUGCUUUUAAGACGCUAUUCGUGUCACGUCUUAGCUACGAUGUUACAGAAGCUGAUCUGGAACGGGAGUUUGGGCGUUUUGGACCGAUUGAACGGAUUCGCAUUGUUGUAGAUACUCACAAUCCAAAGAAGAACGCUAAAAAGCCACAUAGAGGCUAUGCUUUUAUCGUUUAUGAGCGUGAGCAAGACAUGAAGGCGGCCUACAAAGAGACAGACGGUAUCCGUAUCAAAGACCGUCGCGUGUUGGUCGAUGUUGAGCGAGGUCGUACAGUGAAAGGUUGGAAACCUCGUCGGUUUGGCGGCGGUCUCGGCGGGAGAGGAUAUACGAAAUCCAUGCCAGCGCGUCCGAUGGGGCCUGGGGGUUUCGCUCCAUCCGGACCCGGUGGAUUCCGCGGUGGUGGCUUUGGUGGGAGAGGUGGAUUCCGUGGUGGGUUCCGUGGUGGUGACCGUGGAUUCGGUGGACGAGGUGGUAUUGGAUACCAAGGCGGCCCCGGCGGUCGCAGCGGAUUUGGCGCCUCUAAUGGAGUGGGUGGUCAGCCACCACCGAAUGCGCCUUCAGGCCCAGGCGGGGGACGUAGUGGAGGUUAUGGAGGCGGUGCGAAUGGGCACGAUAGUAUGGGUGGGUAUGGUGAUGCUAAACGAGGCAACGCCUUCGAUGAUAGAGCAGGACAUCGCGGAGGUAGCAGGCAUGAACGGGAGUCUCGUGGAAUAACGGGAAGCAAUCGUGAGCCGGUAAGACCUCGUGAUGGAUUUGGGGACCGCGACCGUGACCGUGAUCGGGAAAGGGACCGGGACAGGGACCGUGGUGGAGAUCGUGGUAGGGGAGGGGAACGGGAUAGGGAUCGCGAUUACCGAGACAGAGACCGUGAUCGUGAUAGAGACAGAGAUAGGUAUGGACGACGGGAUGAUGAGUAUUCUCGAAAACGAUAUCAUGAAGGCGACGAAUACGAUGACCCCCGCAGCAAAAGGAGAUACUGAACACCCUAUAUUCUCAUUUUACAACAACGGUUUGUUGGUGGGUAUCUUCAGUUCCUCGAUUUUCUCUUUGACCCAUUUCGUCCUUCCAGGGUAAGGUCGAGGUAUUCGUGAACAGUUAUUAUCCGUUGGUCUGGUAUUGUUAUAAAUUCUUCUUCUCGCCGGCAUAACAACCAUGCCAAUUACCGUCCCCGCACGCAGCAACACUUUUCAUAAUUUUUCUUUCGCCAACAAUCGAUCUGUAGCCAUGCUUCGAGCGUGACUUACCCUUAGGUCACACCGGUCCCGUCGAUUUGGAUGGCUUUGUAUAAUUUCCUUAUUUUCUCCAUUCUUCCUAGUACCUGAGGGGCUCCGAAAUUUCCGCUGUCACUAUGUCCUUGUUCGUUUCGCCCUUGGUUGUAUCGGUGGGUAAGUAUGUAUUUUAGGGCGGCUGGAACGAUUGUGGAAGAAAAAGAGAAAGAAGGGGGAAAAGAGCAAGAAUAAGUGCAUCUGAAGGAAGGCUGAGGUAAGAUCGGGUAAGGCUAUUUGGCCAGUCCAAAUAUUCCUCGCAUUAAGCUUUCGCAUGAUGUGCGAAUAGCUCUGUUUGCUCAUGGUUGCUUUUAUAUUCUUUUGUCUGUCUUGAUAUCUAUGAUUAUUCUACUUUGCGUUGACUUUUACUCACAUUGAGCAUAUCUCAUGAUAGGUAAUUUGGAACUUAGUAGAGGGAGAGAGUAGCGAUCAUCGUUUAUUUGAUAUAGGGAAUUUUUUCGAUUCUAUAAUUUUCGCACUUCAUUAAGCCCCAAAGUGGAAUUUGCAAAAGUAAGGAAUCCCAUGAAGACAGCAGAUCAAAUGAAAAGAUUGCAGAGUUAAAUAAAAAAUGAAUGAAUGAAUGAAUGAAAAAAGAAAAAAAUGCCUUUACUCCAACUCCAUAAUCAUGCCAUGGCAAGAUAGCCCGUUCUAUCUUUCCAUUCAUUUCAUCAAUGAAACAAAUCCUCUAUCCGCAAACAAACCAACCAACCCGUAAAAGGUCAACCCUCCAUGUCGUGAUCCUUCCUGUCCAAAAUGACAAUAGACCCAUCCUCCCUGUUCCACUGUGCUUUCAUUUCAACUCUAAACUCCGCAACCGCAACCCCAAAAAUCUUCAACAGCGUCGUCUGCCUUGAAUCCAAGGUCUCACCAGCUUUACACACCUGGUACCCGUCCCCAUCCAUCUCCAACACAACUUUGCCCCCGAUCAGUCGCGUUGGCACACCGAGCUUCCUCAACGUCGGCUCAAUAGUGUGGCUGAGCGGCGCGUCCAGGCUGCUGGACACCUCGCCGGCCUGCGAAUACACGAUGCCGCUGGGGAUUGUGAAGGAGCGGGGAGC